CCUUGCGGUGCCUGUGUCCGCCCUGGUCAGUGUGGCCCAGGCAGAAGGGCAGCGCCAGCGCUCUCAGGACAGCGUGCAGAGUGGGAGUCGUUCUAGUCCAGUAACCGGGAGCUCUGGCCGGUCUGGGUUUUGCCUGGGCUCCCGGCUGCUCAUUCCCGCUGGUAAACAGCCCGGGUCUCCGGGGCAACCGCAUCGGUGGGGGGCCACGUGCUUCCUGUCUGACCGGAACCGACCUUGCCCGAUCACUGUCUCCUUGGCCUGGGGAGAAGCUCCUGAGGACAGGACUUUGCCUGCCUCUGAGUGUUCUCUUGGGUAAGACCGUGCCUGCUUGGUGGAGUUCUGUUGGCUCAGCCUGCAAGCAGAGGGGACUUGUAAGCGUGGCACUUGGACCCCCGUCUCCAUGGGAAUGAAGGCCCUCGGGUUUCUGGUGAUCUUCAUCUCCUGCUUGCUGGGCCCCACCCAUGGCAGCUUCUGGCAGUUUCAGAGGAUGGUCAAGCUCGUCACGGGGCGCAGCGCCUUCUCCUAUUACGGAUACGGCUGCUACUGUGGACUCGGGGGCAAAGGAACCCCCGUGGAUAACACUGACAGGUGCUGCCAGGCCCAUGACUGCUGCUACGAGAAGCUGAAGCAGGGCGGCUGCCAGCCUGUACUGGACACCUACCAGUUCCACCUGGUCAACGGCUCUGUGUUCUGUGAAUGUGCCCUGGGCCCCAGCGUCGGCGGCUGCCUGUGCGGGCUGAGGGCCUGCGAGUGUGACAAGCGGUCUGUGUACUGCUUCAAAGAGAACCUGCCCACCUACAGGAAAAGCUUCACCCAGUUCUCCAGCCGGCCCUACUGUGGCAUGAAGCGAGCUCAGUGCUAGGGCAGCUGCGGGUCACUUGCCAGCCAGCCCCUGCCUUGGGACCCUCCCCUCUCCAGUAGAUUCCAGGUCCUGCAGCUCUCACUUCUGUCCUGGCCUAGGGUGCUCCUCUGUCACUCGGCACUGGGGGUGCUGGACAUCAGCCAUAGAACAAGACAACAGUCCUUGCACCUUGAACAGACAGAGAUAGAUGCUCCUGAGAGCAGUGCAUGCUGGGAAACACAGAACAAGCGGGGCAAGGAAUGUCUCACCCUUCCCAGCCAGUGUCCUGGACGGGAGGCGCAGGGUCUGUUCUUCAUGCCCCUCCCCCGCAACAUCCACAUGCAAAGUAGACUUGAGGAAAAGAUCCCAAACCCAGCUCCGACUGGGAGCAAAGCAGGCCCCCUGGAUAAGGGGCUCGCGGCCCUCCGUGAAGCACCCACAAAGUACUUAGGGAGUUAGUGUCUCACUUGCCCAAGUUCUGGCCUCUAAAGGCCCUCCUCUGUUGGAAAAGCCUGUCCCCAUUUUCACCUCUCAGGAGAUGGCAUGACUCGUUGCUGUCACCGGAUGUCAGGGUCCAGAACGCCCAAGAAGUGGAGAAAGACCCAUGGGAGA